CCGGUGCGGGAGGGCCGCGAGUGGGUGGAGGCAGCCGGCGAGGGGCAGCGGGGCCGGGGGCUGCGGAGCGGAGCGAUGAGCGCCGGCGGUGCCUGAAGGGGCGGCUAUGGGGGGCCAGGUGACCCGAGGGCCGCUGCACGGUGAGCGCUGCGAGGGGGAAGAUUCCAUAGGUGGCUCAUUCCCUCCCUCCUCCCACCGAUGUCACCACAAGCAGAAGCACUGUCUCCCCAUCCCCCAGUGUGGAGCUCUGUCCAUCACCCCUCUGCUUUUCCACCCCCACACAAAGGGGUCCCAGAUCAUCAUGGACACAACACAGAAGGCAGUGAAGCGCCAGGCUAGCUUCUGCAAUGCCAUUACCUUCAGCAACAGACCUAUUGUUAUUUACGAGCAAGUCAGGCUUAAGAUCACCAAAAAGCAGUGUUGCUGGAGCGGUGCUCUUCGACUUGGGUUUACUUCCAAGGAUCCUUCAAGGAUUAACCCUGACACCCUGCCGAAGUACGCAUGUCCCGACUUGGUUUCCCAAAGCGGCUUCUGGGCCAAGGCUCUGCCAGAAGAGUUUGCCAAUGAGGGGAACAUCAUUGCCUUCUGGGUGGACAAGAAGGGACGGGUUUUCUACCGGGUGAAUGACUCUGCUGCAAUGCUCUUCUUCAGCGGAGUGAGGACGGCAGAGCCCCUCUGGGCUUUGAUUGAUGUCUACGGGCUCACCCGCGGGGUGCAGCUCCUAGACAGUGAAAUCAUUCCUCCUGACUGCCUGCGGCCCCGCUCCUUCACCGCCAUCCGCCGGCCAUCGCUGCGGCGGGAGACAGAGGACACGCGCCUCUCAGUCAGCCUGUGUGACCUCAACCUGCAGGAGGAGAGCUUCCACGUGACAGCCACCACCUGCCCCAUCCCGCAGAACUCCCUCAAUUCCCAGCACUCCCACCUUCUCCCCUCCCAGCUCGAGAGCGACCUCCGCUUCCACCACCUCCGGGGAGCCCAUGUCAAAAUCCUCGAUGACCAAACUGUGGCUCGCCUGGAGCACGCCCGGGAGGAGAGGACUUUGGUUUUCACCAGCAGACCCCUUCGGAUCAACGAGACCAUUUUUGUCAAGAUUAACAAGUCCAACGCUGCGCGCACGGGGACGCUGUCCUAUGGGGUGACGUCCUGCGAUCCCAGCACCCUUAGGCCCAGCGACCUCCCCUAUAACCCCGAGUCCUUGGUUGACCGAAAGGAGUUCUGGGCCGUGUGCCGAGUCCUGGUGCCCCUCCAGAGUGGAGACAUCCUGGGAUUUAUGGUGAAUUCAGAUGGCGAGCUGCACCUGAGUCACAACGGGGCCAGCACUGGCAUGCAAGUCUGUGUGGACUCUUCGCAGCCCCUCUGGAUGUUCUUUGGCUUACACGGUGCCGUCAUGCAGAUCCGUGUGCUCGGUUCCACCAUACUGGCCGAGCGGCUGGGGCCGUCCACACCGAGCUCACCCACAUCAACGCCCAAUUCCCCCACCGUCCUCUGCAGUGGUGUUUCUGACCCCAUACUGUCUACGUGUGGCUCUGGCCCACUCUGCAGCUCCAUCAGUGGCACAGCUCCCAACUCUCCCGUCAGCUUGCCUGAGUCGCCCAUCUCCCCAUCCGUCUCAGGGCCCUGGGGAGAUGAAUGUACCAUCUGCUAUGAGAACAUGGUAGACACAGUCAUUUACUCCUGUGGACACAUGUGUCUCUGCUAUUCAUGUGGUCUGAAGCUCAAGAAGAUGGCCAACGCUUGCUGUCCCAUUUGCAGACGGGCCAUCAAAGAUAUCAUCAAAACAUACCGCAGCACUUAGAGCAACAGCAACUGCUGUGAUGGGACUAGGGAGGUGGAGAGGUGGCUGUGAAGUAUCAGAGAUCUUGGUCUCUAUUCAUCACCUGGGGAUUUGAAAACCAUCACCCACCACCACUCCUGAUCCUCCACUUCCAUGGACAAGAGAUGAGACCAGCUUAGAUGCUACUCUUCUACUCUCCUGGGGCUGAACUCCAGUGCAUCAGGGAAAUCACCAUGGACUGCUUCCCCCCUGUGGAUUUUAAACUUUCUCCCAAAAACAAACAAACAAAAAAACAGCUGGAGCAAGCAUCCCUUUUCUACAUCAUGCACAGAGGAGGGGAAUCUCCAAUGUUUAGCACGGACAGCAAGAGAUAAAAGGUUCAGUGCUGCACAUCUCCUUCUGGAGCCAUCCUGCUGCAAAGAAUACCUUGGUGGAAGGGGAGAAACAAGCAGUGUGUUUCGAUUUACAACUGGCCCCUUAAAAAGUGUGGCAUGAGGCAAGCAUGCACCCAGCAGAGGAGCACAUCUGCAGUAGAAAUGCAGGAGUAAUGAGGACUUUUAAAGAAAAUCCUCUCUGUGUCCAUCGCGGCAGCACCUCCAGGGGAGCAGCACCAUGGCUGUUGUGCUGCCUUCUUGCAGUUCCUCAUUCAUGGUGGGUUUGGCAGCAAACACUGGACUCUCCCUCCCAGCAGCGUCCAGCCACCUCCUGGCACCAUCCUGUUGCAUGACAAGCAUCUCUCACACCCCCUCACCACCAAUUUGCUGUGGCUUGUCCUGAAUGGUCUUCACGCAACACAGAGAAUCCAGCAGCAUCUCUGCCUCCAUGGCCUGCAGGAGGGGAAGAUGCACCUCCCUCGCCUUUCCUCCCCUUGUCAUCCAGACAGCAAUUCUGAAGGAAAAUAGAAAAAUGAAGGAAAAAAAACAACCCAAAAAUACAAAAAAACAAAACAAAACAAAAACCUAACCCCACUGGGGAAGAAUGUACAAACCCACAUGUCUGCGGGUCUCAUUUACUGGUAACUUUAUCACUGUGCUUUAAGACAAAAACAGCCAGGUGGUACUUUUAGCCCUUUACAGCCAGCCCGCCGGCAGGACAUGGCUGUCCUUAUGUGUUAGAGGGGGGAAGAAGAAAAUAAUUAUAGCUUGAGGGGUUUGGUUUAUUUAAAUAACCCCCUUGCCCUCACUGGGAACCCCACUGUCCCUAUAGUGGGUGCCAUGAUGACCGUGGUACUGUCAUAGCUGCUGGCCUGGCAAAGAGCUGCAGGGUCUUGGGCCAUGCUCAGCUACAGCAGGUGCUCCCCAGCUGUCCUGGCCCCAUCCUGGUGCCUCUGGGAGGAAGCAGCAGCACUGGGCCCUGAGGGGUGGUCGGGGCUGGGGUGGGGUCGCAGCCUUCACCCUGCCUCGUUGCCACCAGGCCAGGGAAUGCCAUGGGGCUGCACUCAUCCUGCUGAGCCUUUUGCUAUCGUGGCCACCACAAGUAUGGUGGGUGAAGGUUCCGGAAAACAUGGCCUCACCCUGACCCUUCAAGGAAAUCAAAGGAGAUGCUAAGAGCUGGAGAGUGCUCUGUAAAGCCUUUCUCUAAAGGCACCGCCAUCUCUGCAGCCUCCUGCAGGGGCCUGCAGCCACCCCCAGCAUGCCUGGUGGGCACUCCGUAACUUGAACACUGAUCUUCUGGUUACAGGGAUUUACACCAUUUCUUUGCACACCUCUCACAUCCACCCCUAACCCAGGGGCCCUGCUUGGACAGGGGUGGGAGGAAGCGGUUGCGGCCUCCAUGCCAGGAGCAUGGCCAGCGCGUGGGCACAGAGCCAGCCUCCAGGACCAGCAAAGGUGGGGAAUCUGUGUCAGUGCUUAAACACACCCCAAAAUUUCAGAAAGGAAGAACCCAAGAGGUAGGAAUGUGUCCGUGAAUCAGUGGAUGUGGGGAAAUGUGCAAUAAGCAGCCUCCCAGGCCUUCACCAAGCCACUGGGACCGGUUCCCUCCCGCACAGGGCAAGCCAAUGGGUACGUUUUAUUUUUCAAGAAACUAUCUAUGGGUACCAGUGCAGUGGUGUGAAUUCCCUUUUCACCUUUUGAAUUCAGAGUGUUUUAAUAUAUUAACUGUGUUGUUUGUUUUACUGUGGACCAAAGUCUAGAAGUUAGCAGAAACCGAAAGCUCCCCCAGCAUCUGAGCUCAAAAUUUGGGGUUCAGUCCUGCUCCCAGCAUCAGCUGGCUCCAGUUGUGAGCAGGGAGGAGAGCAAGGCUCUCUGCAGGGAGAAAAAAAACAGCAAAAGCAGUAACAACAACAGUCCUAACCUUUUGUUUUGUUUGAAUUGUGUAGGCUCCCACGUACCUCUGUGUUCUUGUGUCAUUUGCAUUUCAUUGCUUUACUUUAAGAUGUUUUGUGUUCUGUUUGAAGAGAAGAAUAACUCAUUGUGAAAAAUUGGGUAACUGUGAUUGUGAAUAAAGCUGAUUUAGGUAUCCUGCAGUACCGUGACCAGCUGAGUAUUUGCCAUCUCCACAAGUGUGGAGCAAAACACGAUGGGCAGGGCAGAAGCAAGCGGUUGAGGUAAGCAAUGGUGGCAUGAAAGCUGCUUUUUUGGAGUGAGCCAGGGGGAGAGCAGUCAGGCUUUCCUUCGGUGCUGAAGGAUGAGACAGUGUAUAGAGCUGGAUGAUGAGGAUGAUGAACAGGCCCUUGACGGGCUUCAUAUCUACCUAAGUGAUAAAAGAAGACACAAAAUUAAAAGUAUGGACUAAGGGCAUUCCUCCCGAGCAUCUUCCCUGGUGCACCAAACCAAGUCUGAGUGUGCC